AUGGCUUUCCCAGAGCAAUUUAGUAUCACAAAGCUCGAUCGAAAUGACUUUGAUGAAUGGGCCGCUUUAUUCCGAGGUUAUAUCAACUUCUAUGAGACUUCCAUUACCGAUGACCAGUAUCGAAAGACCUUCGAGCGGAUUUUGGAUUCCAAAUCUGAUCUAGAUGCUUUGGUCAUGCGACAGCAGGGAGAAUCGGGAAACAGCAAAAUAAUUGCGCUUGCCCAUUUCUUCCCCGAACAGACUCCCUGGAGCGAGAAGAAGAUUAUGCUUUUGAAUGACCUUUUCGUUGAUCCUGAAUUGAGAGGAAAAGGCCAAGGUCGCAGAAUGAUUCAAGCCGUUGCGGAUAUUGCGAAAGAGACGGGCUGCCUGCGUCUUCAGUGGCUGACAAGGCACGACAAUCUGAAUGCUCGUCGGCUGUAUGAUACGAUGGCUGAUUGUCAGUUUGUGCAAUAUCGCAUGGGCAUGUGA